UUGUGCGGUGGCGUCUAAUUGUCAAGUUUUUACGUUUUUAAUUGGUUAAAACAAAGCAAUUCCACGAUGUUGAGCCGGAAGCGUCGGGCCAGCAGCAUAUCCAGCCGGCAGGACGAGGAUCCGCUGCAGCUGGACGACUCGACGCCGGAACAGUCGCCGGUGCAGCAGGCGACGACACAAUCGGCGCGAAAAAAGCGCCGCUUGGAUCCCACGGAGCUGUGCCAGCAGUUGUACGACUCAAUACGGAACAUAAAGAAGGAGGAUGGCUCCAUGCUGUGCGACACGUUCAUCCGGGCGCCUAAGCGCCGCCAGGAGCCCUCCUACUACGACGUAGUGGUCAAUCCCAUUGACCUGCUCAAGGUGCAGCAGAAGCUAAAGACGGACUCUUACGACGAUUUGGACGAUCUGAUGGCUGACCUGGAGCUCCUUAUUGGAAACGCGAAGGCCUUUUACAAGCCAGACAGCUGCGAGUACCAGGACGCCGUCUCGCUGUGGCACCACAUCCAGACGCAGCGGCAGCGUAUUCUCGAGGCCAAUGGCUUGGCGGAGGAAGAGCCACGCGCUAGGCGUAUGUCGCGGCAGGUGCGACGAAUGACCAGCAGCACGGAGCCUGGUGGUGACACGGCGGCAGCGGGGGAUGACGAGUACAACCAGUACGAGGAGCUCUUUGCCAGCAUAAUGACCGCCACCGAUCCAGUGAACGACCGGGCUAUGCACCGAAUGUUUCAGCUGCUGCCCUCAAAGAAGAUUUACCCCGACUACUAUGACGUGAUCGAGCAUCCCAUUGACCUACGCCUGAUUGCCACCAAGAUUCAGAUGAACGCUUACUCGUCGCUGAUGGAGAUGGAGCGGGAUCUACUGCAGAUGACUAAGAAUGCGUGCCUGUUCAAUGAGCCCGGUUCGCAGAUCUACAAAGAUGCCAAGGCCCUGAAACGCAUCUUUACGCAGAGGCGUAUCGAGAUGGAGACGGGCAAGGGCAAGCUGGCCAAACGGGUCAAGAGCCUAUCCAGUGCGGCCAUAGCUGCUCUAAAAGAAGAAGUGGACAGCACGGACGACGAGGAGACAAGCAAAAAGGGCGAGGGACCCAUGUGGGCGCUCUUCGAUCAUCUUUACAACGCCCCGGGAACGUCAGAGCACCCGGGAGUAACGGGGCCUCCGCUCGGUAACUCACUUUGGAAGCUGCCAGUGCGUCGCUUCCAUCCCGAGUACUUUGAGCUUAUCAAACGACCCAUAUCGAUGAGCCAGAUCCACACCAAGUUGAAGAAGGGCGACUAUGCGAACAUCAGUGAUCUCACCGCCGAUCUGUAUCUCAUGCUGGACAACGCCAAGAAGGCGUUCCCGGCCAGCCACCGCACCCACAAGGAUGCCCUCAAGAUGCUACGGCUGAUGAAUGCAAAACUGGUUGAGGAAUCACUGGAGGAGACCAGUGACAUGGAAGAGGAUGAGGCAGACGAUGCGGACUCUGAGGUAUUUGCGGUCACCUCGCAGCCUGAGCGUCGCAAGCCGGGCAGACCGCGCGUGAACUCCAACUCGAAUGCCUCUCACACACCGAACAACUCGAAUUCUCCCAAAUCAAAUCGGAUUGCCAUCAAUGCGGCAAUUAAGAAAAAGAUCCUAAGCAUACAGAAAUACCUAGUGGACUACUCGGUGGGCAAUCGUCGGCCCAUCGAGAUGUUUAUGGAGAAGCCACCAAGGAAGGUGUACCCGGACUACUACGACAUCAUCCAGAAUCCCAUCGACAUGAACACAAUCGAGCACAACAUCCGUACCGAUCGCUAUGCCACCGUGGAGGACGUAGUGUCUGAUUACCGGCUCAUGUUCUCCAAUUGCCGGCAGUACAACGAAGAGGGUUCGAAUAUCUAUGAGGAUGCCAACACCCUGGAGCGGGCAUUGAACGACAAGCUGAAGGAGUUCCCAGGCCUAGUGGAGGUGAAGAAGCCCCUACAAAAGUACAGCAAGGUGGGAAGGAAGCCAAAGAUCGCUCUAAUCUCUGACCGCCUGUGGCAGUUCUAUGAAACAGUGCGUGAGUAUCAGGAGCCCAAGGGCAAGCGGCAGCUAUCCCUCAUCUUCACUAAGCUGCCAUCGAAGAGCGAGUAUCCGGACUACUACGACAUCAUCAAGGAGCCCAUCGACAUGGAGCGCAUUGCCCAGAAGUUGAAGCAGGGCGCCUACGAGAGCCUGGACGAGUUGGCGGCGGACUUUCUGCUAAUGCUGGAGAAUGCCUGCAAAUACAACGAGCCCGAUUCGCAAAUCUACAAGGACGCUCUGGUGCUGCAACAGUUGACACUACAGUUGAAGCAGCAGCUGCGUAUAGAGCGGGACUCGCUGCCAGAUGUUCCUCUGGCCGUUCAGGAACUUUUCCUAACGCUGUUUACAACUCUGUACAAUCACCAGGAUGAGGAGGGACGCUGCUACUCCGAUUCCCUGGCCGAGCUGCCCGAGUACGAUGAGCUAGGCGAGGGUCAGAAGGUGCGUGGCAUAUCGCUGGAUCUGAUCAAGCGUAGGCUGGACAAGGGUGCUUACAAGCGACUGGACAUCUAUCAAGAGGAUAUCUUUGCCUGCUUGGAGAGAGCACGGAAACUGUCCCGCACAGAUUCGGACAUAUUUCAGGACUCCAUUGAGCUGCAAACAUACUUUAUCCGCAAGAGGGACGAGAUUUGCAAGGACACCCUUAGCUCUCCCGCUUUAAGUUUCACGCUUGAACGUCUCCUGGCCGAUGUGGAGGUUAGCCGCCAGCAAAAGGCUCAGCAAGAGGAACAGGAUCAGGAGCAAGAUAAGGAGAAGGACGAGUUUAACGGUGCCAAGGGCGAAAGCAUGACAAUCAACCAGCAGGUGUUCCCCGGCGACUACGUCUACGUGCAGAUGCCAGAGAACAAGAUCCCUUCAAUAGCCAGCAUCGAGCGGCUGUGGACAUCACCCACCAACGAGAAGCUAAUGCAAGCCUCGAUCUUUGUGCGGCCACACGAGACCUACCACGUGACCACACGCAAGUUCCUCGAGAAGGAGGUGUUCAAAAGCAGCAUCUCGCAGACCAUUUCAAUGGACAAGGUGUUGGGUAUGUGCUACGUGAUGAAUAUUAAGGACUACAUCAAGAUGCGCCCCGAGAAGCUGCCCGAGAAGGAUGUGUACGUCUGCGAGUCACGCUACAACAUCCAGGGACGAUGGUUCAAGAAGCUCAAGAGCUGGCCGCCGAUGCGCGAGGGCAGUUCCAUAAAAUUCGUGCCGCGCGAGCAGCCACUGGAGCUGAAGCGUGUAAUGUCCGUGUUCAAGGAGCGCCUCGAGAAGCACAAGGGUGAGCUGGAGGAGCUCAAGUUGCAGGAAACGUUGGUCGAGAAGGAGAAGCCAAAUGUCUCCUGCGACCCGCCGCCGAAUGCCGAGGACAGCAGCGUUUACUAUCAGCAGUACAACACCGUCUGCAGCGGAGCCAUCAAGACGGGUGACUUUGUGUAUGUGGCCACCCAAACCGGCAAGCAGUCGGUGGCCCAGGUGCAGCAGAUAUGGGAACAGAACGGCAAGUCCUACUUCAAGGGUCCGUGGCUGCUGCCACCGAACGAGACGACUCCAGGCUUGGGCAAGCAGUUCUUCCGCCAGGAGCUGCUCCUGAGCACCGUCGAGGAGGUCAGUCCUGUGGUGGGUAUCGUCGGACGUUGUGCCGUCCUAGAGUACGCCGAAUUUAUCAACUCACGGCCCACGGAGAUAUCCGAGAGUGAUGUCUACAUCUGCGAGUCCGUCUACGAUGAGCUGAAAAAGGCAAUUCGUAAGCUGGUUGCCGGUAACAUGCGCAAGUUCCAGCACAGUCCAGCUGUCACCGAGGACGAGAUCUUCUACUUCAAGACUCCCAUCAAGCCAGCCAAGGACGUGAAGAACGAGAUCAAUGAGCUGGGCAUGCUGGAGGACUCAAUGGACGGGGACACGCCCUCGCUGAGCUCGGAUAUUGCAGCCAUGUCCUCUCCGGCUCCCUCGGUGAACUCAACACCACUAACCUCCAAGAUAAAGGCUGCCAAGUCGGCCAAAAAAUGCCUCACCGGCUACAUUCUCUACUCGAGUGAAGUUCGAAAAAGCAUUUGCCAGAGCAAUCCGGACGCCACCUUCGGAGACAUAUCCCGCAUGGUGGGCACGGAGUGGAAGAAUCUCCCCUCCAGCGCCAAGCAGAGCUGGGAGGACCGCGCCAGCAGGCAGAACGAGGAGACGGCGGCCAUGCGUCGUGAGUUGGAUGACGCUCAGAACAGCGCUAGUCCCUCGCCCCAAGUGUCGCAGGAUGGACAAGGCCUGAUCUUUGAGUGCCAGUGGGACAAGUGCGAUUAUCAGUUUGAGGAGUUGGGCGACUGCACCGAACAUUGCAUGUCCGAUGCUAGUGGGCACAUACAGCGGCAUCCGCAAGCGGGCGUGGAGAUGGAGUACGUGUGUCUGUGGCGCAACUGUCCGCGUAUCAAGAAGUCCACACAGGCCUUCCCCAAUGUCCUAAGACUCAUCAAGCAUGUGCGCGAGGUUCAUUUGAGUAAGUGCGGCAAGCAUUUGUCCGCGGGUGAGCGCAGCAAAAACUUUGUGUCGCGGCGCAACAAGAAUGCAACACUGGCCACCACAGUGUCCAUACCGUCUAACAACUCGCAAUCACCGCGUGGACCCAACAACCAUGACGCAUCCAUGCAUCUCCAACAUCAGCAGCAACACCACCAACAGCAGCAGCUCAUGCAACAGCAUCCGCAGCAACAGACUAUCGUUCUGGGGCCGCCGCCAGAGCCCCUGUUCGUCACCGUGCCACCGCGCACUACUCGCGUCAUCCACUCGGAGGCGUACAUCAAGUACAUUGAGAGCUUGCAGACCGGCAGUCACCUCAACGUGGCCACCUGCCAGAACAACUGGCGCCGGGCCAUGACCCAUGUCACGCCGGCGCAAGUGGUGGCCAAGGCGCCACUGCCCGAGCACUGGAUUGGACCCAAUCUGCGUGAUCAGGAGAAUGUAGUGCAGGCUCUGUGCCACCUGCGUAACUUUAUGCUCGAUGAUGUUUUGCAAAUACGCCGCAGCUGUAACUAGCCAAACGUAAUCUUCGAAAUCCUCUUCUAAGCCCAAAGCGUUCCGAGUUCGAUGUGAAAAUAUAAACUGAAUCAACUAAUAA